AGAUCAAGGGCUAAUAAGAAGCAAUAUUACGGAAACACUCCCACUAGUGAACAGGGAAGGAUCAAUUAUCAACUGCUCCCUGCACAAAUCUCAAAGGAAUAUCAAACUGAAAUAGAAAGCAGGCAGCACCUUCACUCAGACAUCAUGACAGAUAAAGAGGAUCCCAAGAAAGGAAAGAAGAGCAAAGGGAAGAGCAAAAAGGUGUGUGGCUACCCGCUCAGCAUCUUCUUCAUUGUUGUGAAUGAGUUCUGCGAGAGGUUCUCCUACUAUGGCAUGCGAGCUGUCCUGGUGCUGUACUUUAAGUACUUCUUGCGCUGGGACGAUGACUUGGCCACCUCCAUCUAUCACACCUUUGUGGCUCUCUGCUACCUGACCCCUAUCCUCGGGGCCAUUGUGGCUGACUCCUGGCUGGGAAAGUUUAAGACUAUCAUCUACUUGUCCAUUGUCUAUGCGAUUGGCCAGGUUGCGAUGGCUGUCAGUGCAAUCCAUGACAUCACUGACUCGGACAGAGACGGGACACCAAACAACAUGACCUUUCAUGUUGCGUUGUCCAUGGUGGGUCUCUUCCUCAUCGCUCUGGGCACUGGCGGCAUCAAACCUUGUGUUGCUGCCUUUGGUGGAGACCAAUUUAGUGAGCAUCAGGAAAAGCAAAGGAGAACUUUCUUCUCGGUAUUCUACCUGUGCAUCAAUGGUGGGAGUCUCUUGUCAACCAUUAUCACUCCAAUCCUCAGAGCUCAGGACUGUGGCAUCCACAGUCAGCAGAAGUGUUAUUCUCUGGCCUUCGGUGUCCCUGCAGCACUAAUGUUGGUUGCACUUGUGGUGUUUAUCGUUGGAAGUGGCAUGUACUACAAAGCUGAACCGCAGGGAAACAUCAUGCUGGAUGUGUGUAAAUGUAUUGGGUUUGCCAUUAAAAACCGCUACAAGCACAGAAGCAAUCAAUUCCCAAAGAGGCAGCAUUGGAUGGACUGGGCAGAUGAAAAAUAUGACAAACUCCUCAUUGCUCAAAUCAAAAUGGUGCUGAAGGUCCUCUUUUUAUACAUCCCACUUCCGAUGUUCUGGACCCUAUUUGACCAAAAGGGUUCCAGAUGGACUCUGCAAGCCACCAACAUGGAUGGAAACUUUGGGCUACUUGUUAUACAGCCUGAUCAGAUGCAGACUAUCAACCCCAUCCUGAUCCUGACUCUGGUGCCUAUCAUGGACAACGUAAUCUACCCUCUGAUCACAAAAUGUGGCCUGAACUUUACGCCUCUGAAAAGAAUGACAGUGGGGAUGCUCCUGGCAGCUAUAGCUUUUGUCUGCGCUGCUGUGGUUGAGAUUCAAAUUGAUAAAACAUUACCCACCUUCCCAUCAGCCUCCCAGAGUCAGUUGAAAUUACUUAACAUGGGCAGUAAUCCAGUGACAGUUAAGCUGCCUGGCGAGAAUCCUCUGGGACUUCCUGCAGCUCAGGCCAGUGAUCAAUACUUCACAUUUGAAGCAGAAAACAUCCUCGUUUCAAUAGGCAGCCCCGAAGUGACAAAAAAUAUUUCCUUAGCCAAGGGACAGCGACAAACGCUUCUUAUUCCCUCAGACGUCACUGAAACAUCACAAUUGCUGUUGAUUGAUGAUUUGAUUUCCAAGCCAGAACAAGGCAACAAUGCAAUCCGAUUUGUAAAUGGAAUGAAAACAACAGUGAAUGUAUCAACUCCUGCAGCUGACUUUGGACUAAUUGAGCCAUUUUAUUAUUCCAACUACUCCCAGAUAAAAAAUGGAAAAGUCAACUUCACCAUACUGAGUGGUUCACAGAAAUGUGAAUACAGCAGGGACUUUGGGUUUGGAAGUUCAUAUACCUUCUUCAUCCCUAGCACUUUGGUCUUUGGAACGAAUUGUCAGGAGUCUAUUACAACGGCAGAAGACAUCGAGCCCAACUCGGUUCACAUGGCUCUCCAGAUCCCACAGUACUUCUUCAUAACUGCUGGUGAAGUGAUGUUUUCUGUUACUGGUCUGGAGUUCUCCUACUCACAGGCACCUAGUAACAUGAAAGCAGUGCUGCAAGCAGGCUGGUUGUUUACCGUUGCUAUUGGCAACUUCAUCGUACUGAUUGUGGCUGAGCUUGCAAAGAUUCCCGAACGGUGGGCAGAGUACAUCCUCUUUGCCUCUCUCUUGGUUGCAGUGUGUAUCAUCUUCUCCAUUAUGGCAUAUUUCUACACCUACAUCGACCCUACAGAAAUUGAGGCCCAGUUCAAGACAAAGGUUAAUGAAGAUGAUGAGGAUGAUAAAAGCCAGCUACGGAAGACAGAGAUUGAGAUGGUCAAGAAAGACUCAGUUAAAUGUCACGAUGAAGCCAAAGAGGCCAAAAUGUGAACAGUCUAAAAAGCAGAUUAGAUAUCCAUAAUGCAUUUAUAUUUGAUGGUUAACAUUGAUGCAAGGUAGAAUUGUCAUAUUGUGUGUGUGUGUGUGUAUUGUGUUGUUAGCUAUAAUAUUACAACAACAACAACAACAGAUGAAUGCUAUUAUU